GUCAACACAUAUCAGAUGUCAUUGGAUCGGGAGAGGCGACUGCGCAUGCGUCAGCAACCACACACAGAUAUAUUACGUGGGUCCAGUGUGGCAGUGUUACCAGAGCCAGCAACAGCAUCAGAGAAAUGUUGUCAGCACUUCCCAUAACUCUCAUCCUUACCCUCCUGGUGAGGGAAAGUAUACAGGCUUGUGCCCCAUACUGUUCAGGCCAUAAAGCUGGAGAUAAGGUGAGGGACCCCACAGACUGUACAAAAUACUACGUGUGCAUCAACGCAGGUGGCCAGGUAAUCCCAUCGACGGAGCCCGAAGACUGCACGGAUGGUGAUUACUUUGAAUACCAUCGUUCGAGAUGUGAACCCAUAUCAGGUGCCCCGGUGGGCUUCUGCUCCCCCCUUUGUAAUCCCUGUGUACCAUACUGUGAACAUGCCGGCCAGCUCACACCCGAUCCCUUUGACUGCUCUAUCUAUUACGUCUGCCUCGACGACGGCCACUUAUUACAGCAGGACUGUCCCUCUGAUGCAGGCUACUUCAACUUCAGGACAGGGGAUUGUGUUGACGACGACAGUGUCUGCUACGGAUACUGCGACAUCUGCAAGCCUCACUGUGUUGCUAAUGGUGAGAAAGUGCCGGAUCCUUUUGACUGUCACAAUUUCUACCAGUGUAGUCCUCCAGAUGCUAUUCUUGGCACCUGCCCACACGACGGGGUGUUCAACAGAGUCUCUCACUACUGUGAAUCAGACGCUGAAUGUAUUGUUGACUGUCAAACAUAAUUUGUAAAUUUAACUUCUACAAUAUAAGACUGGUGUUGAAUAUGUGAAUAUAAGGAGUAUUUAAAAAAAUCAUAAAAUAAUCAUAUUCUUAUUUAA